AUGUCAACAUUAAAACCCCACGUUCACCGCUGCAAACUCUGCCCCUACUUCACCACAUCCCCCUUCCUCCUGGUGAACCACGUCCGACGUCACCGUUCCCCAGUUAAACCAUUCAACUGCGAAAACACAUCAGUCGAACCAUACACCUGCAAGGACUGCACCUUCCGAACAAACCUGACCUUCGUCCUGGUAAAACACAUCAAGAACUGCCACAUCAAACCAGGACAAGACUUCUCCUACAAAGUCCAACAAUUCCACAGUGUCCAGAAUUACAGAUGCGAAAAAUGUGGCUUCAAAACCUACUUCGUACUAAAGUGGCUCCAACACACGUCUUCAUGCAUCCGAACAAAGCAGAGACACAAGAAUUCCAAAGUGUACCGAUGCAAUAUGUGUUCGUUCAGUGCGAGGUGGCUGCCGUCGCUUCGGGGCCACAAAGCGAGGGUCCACUUCGGCCAUGACGAGUCCUUCUGGUACAAAUGUGACCAGUGCGAGUACACCACGUUGUACCAACACCGCAUAAACUCCCACAAAAUAACCCAACAUUUGAAAGACGACGAGAUCCAGUGGUUUAGUUGUGAGCAGUGCCCGUACAAGGGUAAAAAUCGGAGGUUGUUGAAACUACACGUGAAGAAAAUACACUCGAACCAAGCGAGGAGUAAGUGGUUUGUGUGCAGCGAGUGUUCGUAUAAAAGCAAAGACGAGACUUAUUUGGAGACUCACAUCGCUGCUAUGCACUCCGGGGGUAAAGAUAUCGAGUGGUAUGAGUGUGCACAGUGCAGCUAUAGAACUAAGUGGAAGUAUACGUUGUCGUGGCACGAAAAAACGAAGCAUUUGGUGGCGAAAAAGUUGGAAACGUGGAAAAAUAAAAAAAUAGUCAAACUAAACACAACUUUGAACGGCAUGUCGAUUCUGGAAUAUUUUCCCAAGUUUUCUCGAUUAAAAUCGCACUAUGGCAAAGUGGUACCAUUCAACUGCGACAAUUCCAUUGAAAGAUACCUCUGCAAGGACUGCAACUUCCAAACGUAUUUAACCAUCCAACUGAAAAACCACAUUUCGAAAAACCACGGAAUUACAACAAAAAUUGACGAUUUCCUGGUACAAAAUUAUGUCUGCUCGAAAUGCUGCUUCGAGACACAUUUCCUCCUAACGUGGCUCCGUCACAUCAAAGCUUGUGUUAAUAAUCAAACCUCUGACUUAUCAAUGGAAAGAAAAAAUUUGAAACUACUUCAGUGUGACCAAUGCCCAUACAAAGCCAAACUCUUAGAGUCCAUCAACAUCCACAAAGUCCGCACCCAUUUCAAAGAAAUCCAGGAUUUCAAGUGGUACAAGUGUGACCAAUGCGGCCACAAAACCACCCACAGAAACGUGCUGCGCAUCCACAAACUCACGAAACACUUGCGAGAUGACCAAAUCAAGUGGCACCAAUGUGACAAGUGUCCGUACAAAGCUAAACAGAAACGGUCUUUACAAAUCCACCUGCACGUCCACCACGAAGACGACGUCACGUGGUACAAAUGCCAAAAGUGCCCCUAUAAAACCAAGUUCGAUUUGUAUUUGCGCAGACACGAAUACACCAUUCACUUAGUCGAGACUACGAAAAGGUACAAGUGUGAUCAGUGUCCGUACGAAACCAACAUCAAAGCGCACUUAAAGCAGCACCGAAUCAACAAACAUUUAAGUGAAAGUGAAAUCCAGUGGUAUCAGUGUGAACAUUGUUCGUAUAAAGCCAAAACUCGGUACACGUUGAAGCAGCACGUGAGUGGGGUGCACGUAGACGAGAAGGACAUUAAAUGGCAUAAGUGUGAGCUGUGUUCUUUUAGAAGCAAGCAAAUCAAGAAUUUGAAGGUGCACGUGGUUAAUAAACACUUGGAAGAUAGUGAAAUUAAAUGGCACCAGUGUGAGAAGUGUCACUAUAAAACUAAGCAAAAAUACUCGUUGAAAAUGCACGUGAAUAGUCAUCAUUUGAGUGAAAGUGAAAUUACGUGGUAUUAUUGUGAGAAAUGUUCGUAUAAAGCCAAACAUAAAGGAUCGUUGAAGUCGCACAUAAAUAAACAUUUGAGUGAAAGUGAAAUCAGGUGGUAUCACUGCGAACAGUGUGCGUAUAAGUCGAAAUAUAGCAGCGGAUUGAGAAAGCACGUAGAAAUGAAACACUAA